CCUUAAUUUAUUCUGAAUCAGUUAUCUUAUAGAGAAAAGAUGGAAUUAACUUACAUGAAGCAUUACAGUUAGUCAACCCGACCCUUGAUUAACAAAAAGAAAUAGUUAGUCAACCUUCCCCUUGUCUUGCGUGCACCAAAACUAAAAACAACAUUUCGUUUUUAAAGAAAAAAGAUACUCUUAAUGCAUAUUUUAAAGAAAAGAUUAUGACAGCACUGAUAAUAAAAAGAAAAUAGUUAGUCAACUUUCAUUUCCAGUUCAAGAGCUGGAAAAUUCUUAAUGCAUAUUUUAAAGAAAAGAUUAGGCUGAUCAAUCAUCAAAGUCAGAAUCAAUCUUGGAAAAAAAAAUAGUUAAACAAUAAAUUUUUGUUGAUAUGCCGUGGUACCUUUUUUGUGUCUUGUAUACAAUGCACCAGUGCUCCAAUACCAAAAACAACAUUUCCCAAAGCUAUCAUCUCUUGCUCCUUGACAUUUUCCAGAAUGGAUGUUUUCCCCGCGAGUUUUAAUUUCCACACCUUUUUGGCUAUCCAUGCUGUACUUCACGUGUUCCUAUUCUUAUUUUUCUCCCAAUAUGCUGCAGCCGCUACAUUACUUGGUAAUGAAACGGACAAACUUGCCUUACUCGGGUUCAAGUCCCAAAUAACUGAAGAUCCAUCAGGAGUUUUGGCCUCUUGGAACGAUUCUGUUCAUUUCUGUCUAUGGACUGGAGUAAGAUGUGGCCUUAGACAGGAAAGAGUCAUUAGCUUGAAUCUAAAAGGGCUAAGCUUGGCAGGUCCAGUCUCCGCUUACCUCGGAAAUCUUUCCUUGCUCAAUUCUCUUGACCUUGCGGAAAAUUCCUUCCAUGAUCAAAUUCCUCGACAACUCAGCAAGCUGUCAAGGCUUCAAAACCUGAAUUUGAGUUUUAACUAUCUAGGAGGGGAAAUUCCAGUUAAUCUAUCACAUUGUGUUAACCUCAAGAGCCUUGCCCUCGACCACAACAAUCUUGUGGGACAGAUUCCUGACGAAGUUGGAUCAUUAACGAGGUUAGUGAAAUUGUAUCUCAAAACUAACAAUCUGACAGGAGUCUUUCCAGGUUCUAUUGGGAACCUAACAUCUUUACAAGAGUUGUAUUUAUCGUUCAACAAUCUAGAGGGAGAAUUACCAGCUUCUUUAGCUCGAUUGACCAAGUUGAGACAGCUUGGAUUGUCAGUAAAUAGCUUAUCUGGGGAGUUCCCUCCUCCGUUAUACAAUUUGUCGUCCCUGGAAUUAAUAGCACUUUCCCAUAACAACUUUUCUGGUAAUCUCAGAUCCGAUUUAGGCCAUUACUUCCCUAAUCUCCAAAAACUUUACUUGGCAGAAUGUCAAUUUAUUGGUUCCAUUCCAUCCUCUUUGGCUAACGCUUCAAAAUUGCUACAGCUUGAUUUUCCUAUAAACAAUUUCACCGGAAAUAUACCUAAGAGUUUUGGUAACUUGAGAAAUUUGCUGUGGCUCAAUGUUGGGAGUAACCAUCUUGGAUAUGGUAAGCAUGAUGACCUCAACUUUGUAAGUUCUCUUACCAAUUGCAGCAAUCUGCUGACGCUCCAUUUUGGAGACAACCAGUAUGGAGGUACAUUACCCCAUUCAAUAGCCAACCUUUCUAGUCAGUUACAACGUCUACUUCUCUACGGAAAUAGAAUUGAUGGAAGCAUACCCAAAGAGAUCUCAAACCUGGUAAACUUGAAUGUACUUGACAUGAGUUACAACAAUCUCACAGGUAACAUUCCAGAUUCUAUUGGAAGACUUACAAACUUGGGAAGUCUCAACUUGGGUAACAAUCUCUUGAUGAAAGGGGUCAUCCCUUCUUCACUAGGAAAUCUCACUAAACUCGUGUAUCUUUUUUUGGGAUAUAACGGGUUAGAGGGUAACAUACCUUCAACCUUGGGAAACUGUAACCAACUGCUAAGAUUGGACAUUGCUGAAAACAAUCUGACAGGAACUAUACCACAGGAACUUAUUGCUCUCUCAUCCCUCACAAAAAUUUAUGCAUAUUAUAACUCUUUUACGGGUCCUUUGCCAGUGUACAUUGGUAACUGGAGUCAACUUACUUAUCUUGAUUUUUCUUACAACAAUUUUUCGGGUAUGAUUCCACAAAGUCUGGGAAAGUGCUUGGCCUUGGGGGAUAUCUAUAUGAAGGGAAACUCCCUCGAAGGGACCAUUCCCGAUUUAGAAGAUUUACAGGAUCUCCAGUUCUUAGAUCUUUCCCUCAAUAAUCUAUCAGGGCCAAUCCCUCAAUUCAUUGCAAAUCUAACUUCCUUACUCUCCUUUAACUUAUCUUUUAACAAUCUAGAAGGCGAGGUUCCUGUCACCGGAAUAUUUUCAAAUGUGAGUGCAGAUAUGUUUAUAGGGAACUCCAAGCUUUGUGGUGGGAUUCAAGAGCUGCAUUUACCACCUUGUGUUUAUCAAGAAACUCAAAAGACACGGAAGAAGCAUGCACUUGCCCUCAAGUUUAUUUUGACCAUUGUCUUUGUUGCUUCAUUUUCAAUCCUGGCCUUGUUAGUAGUUUUCCUUUGUUUGAGAAGAAGUUUGAGAAAAGAUCAACCAGAAGAUAAAUCUAAAUCUGCAAACUUCUAUCCCAAUAUUUCUUAUGAAGAGCUCCGCAAUGCAACUGGUGGAUUUUCUUCUGAAAAUCUGAUUGGCUCUGGCAGCUUCGGAACUGUUUACAAGGGAUCCUUGGCCUCUGAUGGGGCGGUCGUUGCUGUCAAGGUACUCAAUCUCCAACAUCAAGGUGCUUCUAAAAGCUUCAUAGCAGAAUGCCAAGCAUUGAGAAACAUUAGGCACCGGAACCUUGUUAAAGUCAUCACAGCAUGCUCUGGUUCUGAUUAUAAGGGAAACGAGUUCAAAGCUUUGGUUUUUGAGUUCAUGCAGAACGGGAGCCUGGAAGAGUGGCUGCAUCCAAAAGCAGAGACACAAAGGAGCAGCUUGACGAUUCUUCAGAGAAUAAAUAUUGUAUUAGAUGUGGCUUCUGCACUGCAUUAUCUUCAUCAUCAGUGUCAAAUACCCAUGAUUCACUGUGAUAUAAAACCACAGAACAUUCUUCUUGAUGAAGAUCUCACAGCUCAUCUUGGAGAUUUUGGUUUGGUUAGACUCGUUCCUGGAUUCAGUAUAGAACCCAAUCUACAUCAGUUUAGCUCACUUGGAGUUAUGGGAACCAUUGGCUAUGCAGCUCCAGAAUACGGCAUGGGUGGUAAGGUCUCCAUUUUAGGAGAUAUGUACAGUUUUGGAAUCCUAAUAUUGGAGAUAUUCACUGGAAGAAGACCCACAGACACUUUGUUCCAAGAAAGCUCUAGUCUCCAUCACUUUGUGGAAACAGCAUUACCAGAUAGCGAAAUGGAGAUUCUAGACAAAACAGCUCUAAAUGGUGACAUAAUGGGGAAACCAACCAACGGAGAAGAAUAUUGGGCCAGUAUAGAGAAAGAACAGAUGGAAUGCUUGGUUCGCAUACUUGAGAUAGGAGUUGCAUGUUCAGCUGAAUCCCCAAGAGACAGAUUGACCAUGAGACAAGUUUACAGUAAGUUGACACAAAUCAGAGAAGAUUUUCUAGGAGUAGAAGAAGUGAAGAGGCGAUUGAGGCCAUAGGCUACAAGUGAAAGCAUUGGAUUUUAAUCUAAAAUGUAUUGCUAGUCUUACAUUCCGUCAAUUUGGUAAGAAAAAUGUGAAAGCAUUGUAUUUAUAACAGAUUUCAAAUUGCAGUAGAAUUUUCAGUAUGCAGAAGAACUAAAGUAGUACAUAGCAUAUUCCUUGACACUAAUGGCUUUAGUUUAGGGGAAAUUACAUGUUAGUUCUAGACUUCUAUAUUAGGGUGGAAGAAUUGAUGCAUUAAGUAUCUGCUAAUAAACCAUGAAAUAUGGUACAGCCUAUUCGGGAAAUUAAUAAAAUUAGUCAUUCUAAGUAAUUGAGGAAGAACUACAUCUACAGAAUGCUUGAUUCCAUCAAUGUAUUGCUUAUUGAUAUUCCUACAAAUAGUGAAAAAUCAAAUCUCUAUUUAGUUAGUGAUUCUCC